UGCGCUAUUUUUAGAUCUCGCGUCUGGAUGCUGCGCGCGCACGCGUGCGUCCGUCUACGGCGCGCGCUGGAGAACCGCGGGUGCGUUUUUAUGAAUGAGUGUGUGAUCGCCAUCGUUUCUCUCAUAGCAACCCAUAAACGAGCAGGAACAGAUAUAUACUUUUUCAGGACUCACGUGAUGCUGUACGCUCUUCACCAUUGGCUGACUUCUCGAUGAGCUUACACACAGCAGGGACAGCUAGAAGAAAACACAGAAGAGACCCGGAAACAGCAGAACCCCUCUGCAAGAGAGAGACGGAUCAAAGGAGAGGAAGUCGGGACGCUGAGACCGAGGUCUGAAGCUCAAGUUAUGCUGCAGACCAUUUAUGAAGCUGACUCCAGCAUCACUGCCGAGUGGAGGAGGAGAAGCCUGGACACACACGCCGCUGCCAUCGGAUCAGACUCAGAGGGGUUGUCCGCGUCGGGCACAUCUGAGGUCAGCAUGUUGGACUGGGACCGUGAUUCGGAUGACUGGGAGAAGCAGUUACAGCGCGAGCUGCUUCUGAUCCAGAGACAGCAGCAGAUCCAGAAACAGCUGCUCAUCUCUGAGUUCCAGAAGCAGCACCAGAACCUGCUGAGACAACAUCAGGCCCAGCUCGAGGAGCACAUCAAGGUACAGCCAUCUCACAGGGAACCCUCCCACAACUUUGGCAAGCUCCAGCAGGCUCUGCUAACUCUACGGCAGCAGCAGGAGGUGUUCGCUGAGGAGCGUCGGCUGGUGUGUGAGGAGGAGAGAGAGGAGGUGCGCGAGGACGAGAAGGAGCUCCACAGGAGAGAAACACAGAAACACCAGCACCACAGACGGAAGGAGCGAUCUAAAGAGAGUGCGAUGGCAAGUACUGAAGUUCGUCAGAAACUGCACGACUUUCUGAUGAGUAAAUCGACUAAAGACACGUCUGUGUCCGGCGCUGGUUACCCUCUCAGCCGCUCAAAACUGUGGUACAGCUCCGCCCACCCGGGUCCUGCCGAACAGAGCUCCCCUCCUCUAGGAGAGACUCCGCCCACCUUCAAAUACCCUCUGACCUCUGGCCUGGACUACAGAGAGGACUUCCCUCUCAGGAAGACUGCAUCUGAGCCCAAUCUGAAGGUCCGGUCCAGACUCAAGCAGAAGGUUUCUGAGAGAAGAAGUGGACCGAUACGCCGCAGAGACGGCAGCGUUCUCGUCACGCCGAUGAAAAAACGUACUUUAGAACUAACAGAUUCUUCAGCCAAUGAGAGCCCUGUAGGUUCUGGACCGAGCUCACCCAUUGGCUUGUGCAGCAAUGAGAACGGAGCAUCAUACCGAUCCAGCACCAGCCAAAUUGAGCGGUGUCUGUCUCAGAGCGGCGUCCUACAGACGGAUGGAUCCCUGUCCCUGUUGAACCUCUACACGUCCCCCUCUCUGCCCAACCUCACGCUGGCUCUGCACCCGGCUCACGCACACCUCUGCACGGGUACGGCGCUGAAGGACCGGAGCACAGAAGGUCUGGCCGCGUGUCCCGUCUCGCUGGAGGGUAAAGUGAGCAACGGACAGCAAGCGCUCCUGCAACACCUGCUUCUGAAGGAGCAGAGACAGCAGAGGAUGAUCUCGCCUGUCACAGGCAGCGUCCCCGUGCUGUCCUCGUCUCCUCUGGCGAUGAAGGAGCGUGCGUCGGCGGGCGCUCGCGUCAGGUUACCGCGACACCGACCCCUGAACCGCACGCAGUCGGCACCGCUACCACAGAGCGCUCUGGCCCAGCUCGUGCUGCAGCAACAACACCACAACUUCGUGGAGAAGCAGAAACAGUUUCACCAACAGGUUCACAUCAGCCAGGUUCUGUCUCAGUCCAUCGAGCAGCUGAGGAACUCCAGCACUCAUCUGGAGGAGGAGGAGGAGGAGGAAGAGGAAGAGCACAGAGAGCCAGAGAUCACAUCGCCCCCUGCUGGAGUCAUCCGCAGCCGCAGCUUCAGAAACACACACACCGAGCCCAGAGCGAUCCGGCUGAAAACGGAGCCCGAGGAUGGAGAGAUUGAGGAAGGAAGAGGGGACAUGAGAGAGAAGGGCACCGGAAGAGAUGCAGGUGAAGAACAGAAGGAGAUUUCAGCUCCGCUCAAACGAAGCGACGCCGAACGCCGUCUUGAAAAUAUGACGGAAACUGAUGUUUGAAAAAAAAAAGAAAGAAAUGAAGAAAGAAAG